AUGCAGCCCAGCAGCCGUCGGCCAGCUGAGGCAAAAGGUGGAAAGCUGCCAACUCCGGCGCGCGUGUGCAUCAUCUCGGACGGUGUCCACGAGCCUUUCUCGGAUGCGCGAUGCCUCGGAGGAGUGGGCGUCCCAUGGGGGAGUACAAGCUACGGUAUGGGGCAUGAGGGGGAGGGACAGAAGCUUGAGCUUGCGUGUUACGGGGAGGGAGAGCUUGUUGGAAAGCAUGAGCACGGGGAUGCCCGGACACGGAGACGCCCCUGGGGGGAAUUCGAGGUGAUCGGCGGUCAUGAUUGGCUGAGCCUCUGUACUUUGGCACUUUGGCAGUGUUUGGCGGUGCUCAGCGGUGCUCAACAGCGUUCUGCAGUGUUCUUCACCGGAGGCCGCCGCCGUGAUUGGCCGCAUGCUCACCUCGACAACGAGAUCGCAUCUCGCUCACCCUCUCAUGUGGUGUCUCGGCCUCGGUCUCAGCCCGACUUCUUCACUGAAGAGAAAAAAUGUGCCGUUCCACGCGCCCAGCGUCUGGGGAAUCGCGUGGGGAUGCGGACCCCGGCCGCAAGGGGAGCUACGAGCUUUCACCCCUCCAUCCCAUCCCGCAAACCCCGUCCUCCCGUUGGAUUCGACGAUCCUUUCCAAGGAUUGGAUGCGACGUCUGUAACUCGACUUUUUCCAUGUAAGCAACCCACCUUUUUUCCCCCGGGUCCCUUUUCCCACACUGGACAGGCGGCCAUCCAGCCAGUCACCCGCCAGAGCCCGACACAUCCAGGGGCUUUUCUCCUCGCCCACACACCACCUUACCAACCUGCUGCACCGCGCGGGGAAGGGCCUUGGAGUCAAGGGUCCCCAAUGGGCGAAUUUUCGGUGGUACUCUACGCGCUACCUUGGCUGAGGCCCGGGGCUGCAUGGCAUGGCAUGGUUAGAGCUGGGCCCCCUGGGGAAAAUGCCUCCGAGUCGGCCACCGAGAUCACGGCACAGCGGCAUGCUCUAACCCCAGACUCUCCGGAUUUCGAGCCCAUCCGCCCAGCCACCAUCGUCACGGGAACUCGAAAUCGUGCCCUGUCAUGCACAAGUCCGGGCCGAAACGUCAGGGCCAACGAGGGCUCAAGCGACGGCACCACUUUGUGGUCCAAGCUGAUCGAUCAGAGCAGCCAGCAGCCGCGAAAGGGUGCCGGCAUAGAUUGGAUUGGGAUUUGCAUUACAUGGAUGGGCUUCCGUUUACAAAGUCCUUUCAUGUGA